AUGGAAAGGAAUCUGGAAGUAGAAUUGGAUCCCCAGAGGCGUCCUUUACGUUCAGUCAACAACUAUCAACCGUCUUAUGUCAGGUUUUACAACAAAACCCAUAGACAUAUACGAAUCUAUUGGCUCGACUUUAAGGGAAAACCUGUGCGUUACUGUGACCUUUAUACCUACCAACAAUGGAUUGAUGUCAAUACCUUUGUCACUCAUCCAUGGAUAUUUGUGGAUGAGGAAACAGGGGAAAGAUUGCUUGGAGAUCGCAGUCCCGUCUAUUUCCCUAAAGUUUCGGGUACUUCCACAAAAAUCGUUCGAACUCCGGUUGAGAUAACUCUUCCCUUAUUCACUCUAACAAAACUUUGUUUGCGAGUGAUAAAAAAACAUUUAACUAAGGAUCAACAUGCAUUCCUUUUGGAGAUACCACGGAAACUUCAAUACGAUUUAGCUCUAAUGAAACCUCGACUAGGCAACGGAGAAACACCAGUGCAUCAAGAAAAUAACAUUCCUUCAAUCACGUAA